AUCUCGAUCAAUAACAACUUCUAUACUUGAAUGAAGGUUUACUUCACUUGCACGACUCGCUCCACUCCCAUUCUUACAAAAGCUAGCGACUUUCUUGUUCUGUUGACAGCCAAACCGCCAACUCUCUUACGAAUUUGUUUCACUGGUCUGUAAAAUCUGUCCAUUUUAUUCUCUCUUUACCCUCUCUUUCUUUUUCUCUGUCAUGGCGCUCAAUUUCAAACGAUUUUCUCUUCUUCCCUCCUUCUUUCUCUCUCUCCCGCUUGUUACUAAUUAAUUUCACUGCUUUCUUCUUCCGUCUCUGUUGCACAUUUCCCCACUUUCUUCCUCCCCUACCAAAUGCGGGUGGUUUCAAGAAACCCCACCUCCCAAUUUCAUGCUAUUUCUCACUUGAAACCUUUCGACAUUUCUUUUUCAGCUUCUUCUCCUCUUGGGCUUUCGUGGGUCGAAUCGAUCUUCAAGAUUUUCAGUUCUGAAAAUUUCCAAGAACUAUCUGGAAGGAGAUGUGAUGCAUAUUGAUAGCGUGAAAGUGGAAGGAAACUUGUAAAUGCUAUAUUGACGGGUGCAAUAUUCUUUCUGUGGUUAGGGGCUCUGUUUCCAUUGUGUAUUCAUGUUUCCUACGGCUUAGCAGGCACUUUCUUCCUUUGGAUCGGAAUAAAUAUGGCACCGAAUCCUCGAGUUUCGAAAGCUUUUCGUGCAAUGAAGGAUAUUGGGAUCAGUGAAGAUAUGACAAAACCAGUCUUAAAAAAACUCCUGAAAUUGUAUGAUAAGAACUGGGAACUUAUUGAAGAAGAGAACUAUAGAGUUCUUGCAGAUGCUAUAUUUGACGAGGAAGAUAGUAAGGUCGUAGAGGAGAAGAAAUGUCAGAAUUCUCAAGUAGAAGAUUUUGGGGAAGAAGUUCAGGCGCCUGAUGAGCCAGAACGCCCUCUGAAAAGGUUGCGCUUAAGAGGCCAAGAAACCCAGGUGGAUGGGAUGGCUUUGAAAAAGCCAAAGUUGGAAGAUGAUGCGUUUCCUGAAGCCAGUUCUCAACAGCAGAUGCAGUUAAGUGGGCCUAAGAGGUCUGAAACUGGUCCAAGUUCUCGUCGUGUAGACAAAGGGAAGGAACCUAUGUCACCCCGUGUGGUUACAAGAGUGAAAAAAUCUAGCCUAGAGAGACAAUCUGCUGCUGUGCGUAUUAAGGAACCAGGGGCUGAUUCAGGUGUAAAAAAUUCCAUAGUGAGGGCAUCCGGGACUCAUGCGUUGCUCAAACCUAAAGAUGAGCCUGUUACUGAUGAUACAUUUGCAAAUGAGUUGCCUAUUGCUGCGAUUCAUCCAGAUUCUUCAAGAAAAGAAGAUUAUUCAAUUGCGAAUGAUUCAGUUAGGAAGGCAGAUGGCCAAGUUGCUCAAGUAUCAUAUCCUUCAGAUGGAGGUAACAAAGAUGAUGGUACGGAAACCUCAUCAUGUAAGAGGAUUACAGGCAGUGAGCUUGCAAAUGUCAUGGAAGAAUUACAUCCUAACUUAGAGAUUGCAUCAUCGGCCCUGGGAGAGGUAAAAAUUUCUUUGUGCUGCGACUCCACUUUUGGACGACCAGAUUUCCGUAUGCCUACUCGUGAUGCAGUUAUAAAAUAUAUGGAGGAAAAAUGUCUGCACUCAUAUAAAAUCAUUGACCCCACGUUUUCUGUUAUGAAACUGUUGAGUGAUAUGUGCGAGUGCUUCUUGGAAUUGGGAACUGAUUCUCCUGAUGAACAACAGGAAGGUUCAAUUAGUAGAGUUCCACUUCUAGAUGUAAUCGAGAAUUCAGAUCCAAUGGAUACUCCAGGGACUGUUGCUAAUGAAGAAAAUUUGAAUCUACCCUCUUCUGUGAAUGAACCAGUCAGUACUUCUGUGAAUGAACUAGUCAGUACUAUCUGUGAUGGAGAACUUGCACCACAAGUUCCUGGUAUCAUAGAGUCUUCAAGUGUUUUCAAUGACCAGACUAUCCAUGAGAGCUCUAAAAGCAUAGAAAUACCAAACGGUCAUUCUGAAGAUGAAGCCAGGAAGGAGUUUGAUAAUCUUGAGCCUGCAAAUCCACACAAUUUGAUGGUUGUUUCACAGAGUCAUCAAGGUACCGAUGAAUUAAGCUUCUCUCAUGAUGUGGAUGAUAUAACCAAGGGAGAAGAAAGGGUUCAAGUUUCUUGGGUGAAUGAAAUUAAUAAAGAGCAUCCACCAUUCUUUCACUAUAUACCUCGCAGUCUAAUUUUCCAAAGCGCUUUUGUAAACUUCUCUCUCUCUCUGAUUGGUAACGAUAAUUGUUGCCAGUCUUGUUUUGGAAAUUGCCUUACAUCUUCUGUCCCAUGUGCUUGUGCACGGGAAACUGGGGAUGGGUAUGCAUACACACCAGAAGGUCUUGUUAAGGAAGAUUUUUUGGAAGAGUGGAUCUCUCUUGCUCGUGAAUCUCAAGGAAGCCACCAGUUCUAUUGCAAUGAGUGUCCCCUUGAAAGAUUGAAGAAUGAUGAUUGUUUAGAACCCUGCAAAGGCCACUUAGAGAGGAAGCUUAUAAAAGAAUGUUGGAGUAAAUGUGGUUGCCAUAAGCAUUGUGGCAAUAGAGUGGUGCAGCGAGGAAUAACUUGCAAGUUGCAGGUAUUUUUUACUGCCGAUGGAAAAGGAUGGGGCCUUAGAACCCUUGAAGACCUACCUAAAGGGUCUUUUGUUUGUGAAUAUGCUGGAGAAAUAUUAACCAUUUCAGAAAUGUAUCAUAGAAAGGUGCAAAGCACCAAAAAUGAGGUGCAUGUUGACCCAGUAUUAUUAGAUGGCUUUUGGAAUAAAGAAGGGCCUUUCAAGGAGGAAAAAGCUCUCUGCUUGGAUGCAACAAACUUUGGAAAUGUUGCCAGAUUUAUCAAUCACAGAUGCUUUGAUGCAAACUUGGUUGACAUUGCAGUUGAAAUAGAGACUCCAGAUCAUCAUAAUUAUCAUCUUGCCUUAUUCACUACAAGAAAAAUAGAGGCCAUGGAAGAGUUAACUUGGGAUUAUGGCAUUGAUUUUAACGAUCUUGAUGAUCAUGUUAAGCCUUUUCUCUGUCAAUGUGGCAGCCAGUUCUGCAGAAAUAUGAAACGAUCUUCUAGAUGACUUUUAACUCAGGAUCUAAAUCAGCAUCAAGUACAAGAUGAAGUGGGAUGAUGAUGCUUCUGUUUUUAAUAUCGUGGCUUUGCAAGAUAGAAGUUAUUAGGAAAUAUUGAAACCAUAAUGAAUUUGGUUCAGCUGACUACUGUCUAGUUUAGUUUUGAAGACGAUGGUUCGGUUUGGGUAGUAAAGCUGAGGAUCAAACGCCGAUUCACAUUAUGUUUUGGCAGUUAGUUUUUGUGUAUUAGUAAUACCACAAUGAUGUCCAUAGAUUUUUGAUAUCUGGCCAUGAUGUUUAGUGGUGUUGAAAGUUUUGAAGAUUAUAGUUGGAUCUGGUUGCUGCUGUUCUUCCUGGGAAAGGUGAAUGAAGUUUUUGUCUCUUCAUUUUGUUUCAUCAUCCCGUGAGAAAUCUUGAAAACGGACGAUGAUAAUUGUCAUAAAUCGAAUCUUCAAACACAUUUGUUGAGCAUAGCUCGUGUUGACAUAAAUAUCAUUUUAUUAUUGUCA